GGAUUGGACAAUGGUACUCCCACGCGGCAUAGCAUCUUUUCGUCACGUGUAACUUAUCGUCUUCGCAUUCACGAUUCAUCCGUAAAAGCGAACCCAGCUAACUUUACUGCUUAUUUCUUCGAUUUUUGUAAGCCAAUUGAAACGAGGUCUAUAUUUUCUUGCGUUUCCUCUCUUAUUAAUUCAACGAAGAGUUUAUUGUGGGAUUUGAUAUCAUAAUACACAAUGGCAAGCCAACCCCAGUCCGUGCACGAAUUCACUGUCAAGGAUGCUAAAGGGGACAAUGUUGAUCUCAGCAUUUACAAGGGAAAGGUUCUGCUGAUUGUCAAUGUUGCAUCAAUGUGUGGUCUCGCCAAUUCAAAUUACACCGAGUUGUCCGAAAUAUAUCAGAAGCACAAGGAUCAAGGUUUGGAGAUAUUGGCAUUUCCUUGUAAUCAGUUUGGCUCUCAAGAACCUGGCACAAAUGAAGAGAUUCGAGAGUUUGUGUGCACCCGCUUUAAGGCUGAAUAUCCUGUAUUUGACAAGGUUGAUGUAAAUGGUUCCAAUGCUUCUCCAAUAUAUAAAUACCUGAAGUCGAGCAAAGGUGGGAUUUUUGGGGACAGUAUUAAGUGGAACUUCUCCAAGUUCCUUGUUGACAAAGAUGGCCAUGUUGUUGACCGCUAUGCUCCCACCACAUCUCCUCUUAGCAUCGAGAAGGAUAUAAAGAAGCUGCUGGAAAAGGUGAAGUAACGACUAUGGUUGUCUUGUUCUGAACUUCAUUUGCUAAUAAACAUCCUAAUGAGGAUUCUUGGGAGGGUUCUGUUUGAGUAUUUACAUAUAGUUUGGAAUGAAACCUUUAAAAGUUGUUCUUGGUGUACUUUUGCGAGAGUUUCUUGCGUUGUUUAAGAUCGGAUUUGCGUAUAUCCUGCAAUUCUCUUUCGAUUAGUCUGGUUAUUAAUUAAUUUUA